AUGCCGAGCCAGCUUGAGGCUGCAAUGGAUGCACUGAUAGCAGUGUUUCACCACUACUCUGGACACGAAGGAGACAAAUACAAGCUCAACAAGGGCGAGUUGAAGGAACUACUGAACAGUGAGCUCAAUGACUUCAUCACGUCUCAGAAGGAUCCAAUGCUGGUGGAGAAAAUCAUGAACGACCUGGAUUCGAACAAAGACAACGAGGUGGAUUUCAAUGAGUUUGUUGUGCUGGUGGCCGCCCUGACCGUUGCCUGCAAUGACUUCUUCCAAGACCAGAAGAAGAAAUCCAAGUAGACAUCUACAGAAAACACCUGUAAACUUCUAACACUUUAAGAUUUAAAAUGUCAUUGUGUUAAAUGUCUUGGGAGUUAAAUCAUUAGUGUGUCCCAGGGUUUAGGAUUGUGCUUGUGGUAUUUGUGAAUGUAGACGGUGUCUUUGUCACAAAUCAAAGAAAUGUAGGUUUUCAGCCUGGAGCUGUUUAACAGUGAUCUCUCAUUGAGAUUCUCUAAUCCAGAUUAUAGCCAUUUUUAUAUUAGAAUGGUGUUGUUUGUCGUUUAUGAAGUCGUCUUACUCCAAACUUGAGCAAAUUACUAUUAAACCUCUUUUUGUCAGUGGGGAAUAAAACAUAACAUGGUCAUUGUCGCAUUUUAAAAAGGCACAUUUUGUCAUUUUAAAGAUGUUUGUUUUGUUUUUUUUUUCCCAGCAGACAUCUCGGCUGAGACUCUCUGUGGUUUUAAGUGUUAAAUAUUUUUCUUUGGAGGUGUUGCCGUCUCUGUACCCUAAAGAAUUGCUUUCUUCCACAUGCUGUUGCAGAAUUGGUCAUGGAAAAAUGCCAGAUCUCUUGGGAAAGAGCCAUGGAUUGAGAGUGGGUACUGUAACAUCUAGUGCUUUUUAAAUGUGUUGUGUGCUGCAUGAGAGAUAUUAGAUUUAAAUCUGACCACCAGUUUGAAUUUGAGCAUUGACUUUAAUACCACAACUUGUAUGGCAAAAUGAAGCACAAGUGACUGAAUGUAAAAACUAAAUAAAGCACUAUCGUGUGGAAG